CUUGAUCGAUUGAGUCUUGACGCUAUUCGCGCCGGACUGUUCAUUUUAAGCCUCGUUGGGGCAAAGAUCCAUUUUUGGCACCCCAGCAAUUUCGCUCCCGGGAAGAACAGUGUUUAUAACGAUGGCGCCCUCACGCUUUUCGCCCGUUCACAAGGCAUUGCCACUCACUACAACAAUCACGAAACGGUAUAGUACUUCAAUUCGUCAAGAUGAUGGCUACAGAGGCACCUCUGGUCCCACACCACGCUAGAUAUUCCCUACCCGCAGACUUUCAGUACCAAAGCCGACUUCGAUCCCUUAGCACUCAAUCACAAUCCAAACCACAGAUCAAUGUUUCGAUACCGGAACUGCCUCUCUUCGUCGAGGCGAGAUCCCAUGCUCUGGCAGAGCCUCACAAGCCCGCUAUCAUCGACAAGUCGAGAAAUCAGAGCUUCACAUACUCAGAGCUGUUGACCGAUGUUGCCACAUUCAAGGCCCAUAUCGAACAGUAUCUCCCGUCAAGCCCGGUUGGAGAGGAGCCCAGAGUGGCGUUUCUCACCCCUCCAGGGUAUGACUAUGUAGUCAUGCAAUGGGCGAUUUGGGCUGCCGGAGCCAUAUCUGUACCAUUAUGCACAUCCCACCCCCUCAAGGAACUUCAAUACACCAUUUCCGACUCGGACCCGUCAUUAAUCAUUCUUCACCCGUCAUAUUCCAGAUUCGAAGCCGGUCUUCGCGAACAAGCACCCGCAAUUCCCCUGAUUACGGUCACUCCCUUCUCCCCAACACCCAGCCGUUCGACUUCUCUUCCCAGAUUCACCAGCUCUUUCCCACUUUCCCGACGAGCCUUGAUCAUUUAUACGUCCGGCACGACAUCUCGACCGAAAGGCUGCGUCAGCACCCAUGAAACGAUCACCUUCCAAGCACGCUGCCUCGUCGAAGCAUGGAAAUACUCCCGCCAAGACCAUCUCAUUCACGUCCUGCCGCUGCACCACGUCCACGGUAUCAUCAACGGGCUGACGGCGACGCUUCUUGCGGGCGGCACCGUCGAAAUGCAUCCUAAGUUUGACCCAAAGACCGUCUGGGAUAGGUGGUCCGACAAGGGCAGUUCGACCAUGUUCAUGGCCGUGCCGACGGUCUACUCACGAUUGAUCGACUACUUUGAUUCUCAUAUCCGGGGCACAGCCUCUGAGUCGAAUGCCCGCGAAGGCGCGAACGCAUUGCGUCUCGUGGUCAGCGGCUCCGCCGCCCUGCCGGUCUCGACGAAGCGCAAAUUCCAAGGAAUCACGGGCCACGAGUUACUUGAGCGGUACGGCAUGACCGAGAUCGGUAUGGCGCUGAGCUGUGGAUUGGAGAGGGAGAAACGGCUCGACGGGAGUGUCGGAUGGCCGUUGCCUGGUGUGCAGGUCCGACUGACGAGCGAGACGGGCAAGGUCAUUACGUCGAGUGGCGAGGAUGAGGCCGGCAAUAUCGAGAUCAGCGGACCGAACUUGUUUGCCGAGUAUUUCAAGCGGGAAAAGGCGACGCUCGAGUCGUUCACCGAGGAUGGCUGGUUCAAGACUGGAGACGUGGCGAAGCGGGCUGCCGACGGGGCGUAUUUCAUCCUUGGUCGCGAGAGCGUUGAUCUGAUCAAGUCCGGCGGGUACAAGAUUUCGGCGUUGGAGGUCGAGAGGAAGAUCCUCGGGAAUGAGGUGCUCGGCGAGAUUGUGAGGGAGGUGGUGGUCGUGGGUGUUGAGGAUGUGGAGUGGGGGCAGAGGGUCGCUGCGGUGGUUACGGUUAAGAAUACGGGUAAUGAGAUCGAUCUCAAGACUUUCCGAAGCCAUUUGAAGGAGGAUAUGGCGCCGUAUAAGAUCCCGUCGAUCUUGAAAAUCGUCGACGGGAUCGAACGCAAUGCCAUGGGCAAGGUUAACAAGAAGGAGGUUCUGAAGCAAUACUUCAGCACUCAAUGAUUCGUGGACUGAUUGAUUGAUUGUUUUGUUUGUUCUGCGAGUCGCCAUGGACCGGCACUGGCACUGGCACCAGGACUUCAAGAGGCGCUCGGAAGUGAAUGGAUACUACUGAACAGGGUACGGAGUAUAACUGGAAGAAAUGGAUGGGUUCAUACGGCGUGGCGCAUGGGCGAGAUCACUCUUGUUCACAGAGAUACGCAUAAAAACCUCCUUGCUAUCGCAGCCUCGUUCGCUCCCUGGCUCGCACUCUUCGCCGACCACUGACCGUACGGAGCACAAUAGUACUGGGUGUACUACUGUACCUAUCUAGGUGCCUAUUCGUCUUUGAUUGACCCACUUGUAUCCGG